AUGUCGAAUAUGAUUUACCUGACGGCCAUCGGCAUCUUACUGCUCGAGGCGCUCCCGCCGUCUCGAGGCAAGUACGAGAGGUCGGCGGUGCCCAACUCCGCCUCCCGCCUGGUGGCGAGGAUGGACGGGGACAUUAUAAUCGGGGCGCUCUUCUCCGUUCACCACCAACCGUCGGCCGACGAGGUGGCGGAGAGGAAAUGCGGAGCGGUCCGCGAGCAGUACGGCAUCCAGAGGGUGGAGGCCAUGUUCCACGCCUUGGACCGGAUUAACUCGGACCCCAACCUGCUGCCCAACAUCACCCUGGGCUGCGAGAUCCGGGACUCCUGCUGGCAUUCGUCGGUGGCCCUGGAGCAGAGCAUCGAGUUCAUCCGGGACUCCCUCAUCAGCAUCCGGGACGACAAGGACGGCUCCAGGUGGUGCAUCGAGGGCGUUCCCUCCAGUCAGCCGCCGCCGACCAAGAAGUCCAUCGCGGGGGUCAUCGGGCCCGGCUCCAGCUCGGUCGCCAUUCAAGUCCAGAACCUCCUGCAGCUGUUCAACAUCCCGCAGAUCGCCUUCUCGGCGACCAGCAUCGACCUCAGCGACAAGACGCUGUUCAAGUACUUCCUCAGGGUGGUGCCCUCGGACACGCUGCAGGCCCGGGCCCUGCUGGACAUCGUCAAGCGGUACAACUGGACCUACGUGUCCGCGGUGCACACGGAGGGUAACUACGGCGAGAGCGGGAUGGAGGUGUUCAAGGAGCUGGCCUCGCAGGACAGCAUCUGCGUCGCCCACUCCGACAAGAUCUACAGCAACGCCGGCGAGCGCAACUUCGACCGGCUGCUGAGGAAGCUGCGCGAGCGCCUGCCCAAAGCCCGCGUGGUCGUCUGCUUCUGCGAGGGCAUGACGGUCCGAGGGCUGCUCAUGGCCAUGAGGCGGCUCGGCGUGGCCGGAGAGUUCGUCCUCAUUGGCAGCGACGGCUGGGCCGACCGGGUGGAGGUGGUGGAGGGAUACGAACGCGAGGCCGUGGGCGGCAUCACCGUGAAGCUGCAGUCCGACGAGGUCUCCUCCUUCGACGACUACUUCCCGAAGCUCAAGCUCAGCUCCAACACCCGCAACCCGUGGUUCCCCGAGUUCUGGCAGUACCGCUUCCAGUGCCGCAUCCCGGGCCACCCGCUGGAGAACCUGAACUAUGCACGGAACUGCUCAGAGGAUGAUGAUCUAGAACUCCAGGACGGUUACGAGAGUCUGGAGGACCACUACGUCCAGGACAGCAAGAUGGGCUUCGUCAUCAACGCCAUCUACGCCAUGGCCCACGGGCUGCACGACAUGCACACCGUGCUCUGCCCGGGUCACGUGGGCCUCUGUGACGACAUGAAGCCCGUCGACGGCAGCCACCUGCUGGACUUCCUUCUCAAGACGUCCUUCGCGGGCGUUUCCGGAGAGGACAUAUGGUUUGACGAGAACGGCGACUCGCCCGGGAGGUACGAGAUUAUGAACUUCCAGCGCGUGGAGCCGAGUGUUUACGACUACAUCAACAUUGGCUCCUGGCACGAGGGUGUGCUCAGUCUGAACGACGACAUGAUGCAGAUGAACCGCAGCGACAUGGUGCGCUCCGUCUGCAGUGAGCCCUGCAACAGAGGAGAGAUCAAGGUGAUCAGGAAGGGAGAAGUGAGCUGCUGCUGGAUCUGCACCGCCUGCAAGGACAACGAGUUCGUCCAGGACGAGUUCACCUGCCAGGCCUGCGAGCUCGGCUGGUGGCCGGACGAGGAACUGCACGACUGCGAGCCAAUCCCCAUACGCUACCUGGAGUGGAGCAAUCCAGAGUCCGUCAUCCAGGUGGUUUUGUCCUGCCUGGGCAUCCUGGUCACGUCUUUUGUCGCCUUCAUCUUCGUCUUGUUCCGCGACACGCCCGUGGUCAAAUCCUCCAGCCGCGAGCUCUGCUACAUCAUCCUCGCGGGGAUCUUCCUGGGCUACCUGUGUCCUUUCACCCUCAUCGCCCGGCCCACCGUGGUCUCCUGCUACCUCCAGAGGCUGCUCGUCGGACUCUCGGCCGCCAUGUGCUACUCCGCCCUGGCCACCAAAACCAACCGCAUCGCCCGCAUUCUGGCGGGCAGCAAGAAGAAGAUUUGCACCAGGAAGCCACGGUUCAUGAGCGCUUGGGCUCAAUUGGUCAUCGCCUCCAUCCUGAUCAGCGCCCAGCUCUCCUUGGAGGUGACCCUCAUCGUCAUGGAGCCUCCCGAACCCAUCAAAUCCUACCCCAGCAUCAAAGAGGUCUUCCUCAUCUGCAACACCAGCAACGUGGGCAUCGUGGCCCCUCUGGGCUACAACGGCCUGCUGAUCAUGAGCUGCACUUACUACGCCUUCAAGACCCGCAACGUCCCGGCGAAUUUCAACGAGGCCAAGUACAUCGCCUUCACCAUGUACACCACGUGCAUCAUCUGGCUGGCGUUUGUGCCCAUCUACUUCGGCAGCAACUACAAGAUCAUCACCACGUCGUUCUCCGUGAGCCUCAGCGUGACGGUGGCUUUGGGCUGCAUGUUCACCCCGAAGGUGUACAUCAUCAUCGCCAAACCCGAGCGGAACGUGCGCAGCGCGUUCAUCACGUCGGACGCGGUGCGCAUGCACGUCGGCGACGGCAAGAUGGCCUACCGGGGCAACGGCCUGCUCGACAUGUUCCGGAGGAAGAAGAAGCCUGGAAACGGCAGUUCUAAUGGGAAGUCUGUGUCAUGGUCUGAACCAGGUGCAAGACAUCCUCCAAAAGGGGAUCACACAUGGCACAGACUGUCAGUGCAUGUGAAGAGACAAGAAGCAGGUUCCAAUCAGAUGGCCGUCAUCAAACCCAGAACCAGCUCCUACCAAAACAGAGCCCUGGACUUCUCAGACCUCAGCACUAAGACCUUGUACAAUGUGACCGAGGAGGACGAGAGCGACCUGAUCGGAUACAAUCCCCCCAGCACUCCCCCCAUGAUGCCGUACGGGCAAAUCCCUGCCUGCGGCGGACUGAUGAGAGCCGUGGAGGAGGUGGAGCUCUACGCGCCUCAGCGUCUUCGGCCCAAUUGCAUCAUCCCCCAACGUGUCGCUGUGGACCGCCUGCGGGAGGAGGCGGUGAGGCUCAGUUGCCAGCGGUUACGACCCGUAGUGUGGUCGGAGGGUUCUCUGGCUUUGAUGCCUCCGUCCCCUUUCCGAGAUUGCGCCGCUCCUCCAGCGAGCCCCUUUCCCAAUUCACCGCUUUCCGAGUCGACGUACGCCGCCGCCAUCCUCAGAGACUACAAGCAAAGCUCCUCAACUCUGUGA